AUGUCAUUUGAAAAUGGUUCAAUUGAAAUAAAUGAAAAAAAGUCAAGUUCAUCAUUGGAAAAAUUAAUUCUUUUAUUAAAACGAACAAUUCGGUAUACAUAUCGUCAACGAAUUUGUUCUUGUAUUCCAUUAAUAUUAUUUGAAUUAUUAUUUCCAUUAAUUAUAUUUAUAAUAAUUUGUUUAUUAUCUCAUUAUUUAUUUAAUAAUGAUAAUAAUAAUAGAAAUAUAAUAGAAAAAAAUUCAUUAUUUGAUUUAAAUCAAUACGAUAAAUGUUCUCUUAAUCCAUAUAUAAAUGAUUUAAAUAAUGAAAAAAAGAAAAAUAUUUUAUUUGAAAAUAAUUCAUUAAAUGAUUUAUUUAUAAAUAAAUAUUCGAAAAUAAAUAUAAUAAUACGUUAUUUAAAUAAAUCAAAUAAUGAUAAUGAUUAUUAUUUAUAUAAUAAAUUAAUAAAUAAUAUUAAAUAUAAAUUAAAAGAAGAUGAUCAUUUAUUAUAUAAUAAAACAAAUAUAAUUGAUUGGAUUUAUUUAUCAGAAGAAUAUAAAAAAAAUGAUUAUUUAUUAAUUAAUUAUCAAAAUUGUUUUAAUAUAAUUAUUGAUAUUAAAGAAUAUACUAGCAAGAUUUUUUCAUAUUUUAUUAUUAUUAAAAUGCCAGAAUAUAAUAAAUUUAAACAAAAAUUAUUAUAUAAAAUUGAUUAUUCUUUUUUCCAACGACAUCAACAUCCAGCUGAACAAAUUGAUUUAUUUAAAAAUUCUUAUCCUUCAUUUAUAUAUAUUAAAAUGUUUAUUGAUUCAAUUGUAUUAAAUAUAAUGUUAGAUGAAGAUUUUUCAAUAAUUAAUUCAUUAAAUUAUCGUCGUAUAAGUUGUACAUCAUAUCGUCAUCAUAAAACAAUUCCAACACGAUGGUCAUUUAUAUUAAUGGAAAUAUUAUUAUCAAUAAUAUUUCUUUUUUUUUAUUUUAUUAUUAAUAAUUCAAUUAUUAAUGAAAAUAAUCAAAAAGUUAAAGAAAUUCUUAAAAUAAUUCAUAUUCAACCAUUAAUUAAUUAUUUAGCAUGGGCUAUAAGAUAUUUAAUUAUACUUACAUUUAUUACUUAUUCAAUAACAGGUUAG